UGCAGCACGAUUUACGGCCUAGCAUCGAGAUAAUCGACCAUCCACGCGUCGAUACCAUCGCAAACCGACCGAGAAUCACAUCAGGUUUUUUCGACAUUUUUUUCGACCCCCGACUCGCGUGCGUGCGACGCCGCCAGAGUUCGAAAACCCCACCUCACUUCGAGAACCCGACCCUACCUAACACUGAUUCCUCGACAACACCGCCAAGAUGUCGUUAACAAACUGCCGUUUUUACGAGGAGAAGUAUCCGGAGAUUGACAGCUUUGUCAUGGUCAAUGUCAAGCAGAUCGCCGAGAUGGGUGCCUAUGUUAAGCUCCUGGAGUACGACAACAUCGAUGGCAUGAUCUUGCUCUCCGAGCUUUCGCGACGACGUAUCAGAAGUAUUCAAAAGCUCAUUCGGGUUGGCCGCAAUGAGGUCGUCGUGGUGCUCCGUGUGGACAAGGAGAAGGGAUAUAUCGAUCUGUCGAAGCGACGAGUUUCCCCCGAGGAUAUCGGCAAGUGCGAGGAGCGAUACAACAAGGGCAAGAUGGUCCACUCCAUCAUGCGACACGUUGCAGAGAAGACCCAGACCCCCAUCGAGACCCUCUAUGAGAGCAUAGCCUGGCCUCUGAACAAGAAGUACGGCCACGCCAUCGACGCUUUCAAGCUCUCUAUCACCAACCCCGAGGUGUGGAACGAUAUCACCUUCCCCAGCGAGCCCGUCACCGAGGAGCUCAAGACCUACAUCACCAAGCGACUCACCCCUCAGCCUACCAAGGUCCGAGCCGAUAUCGAGGUCACCUGCUUUGGUUACGAGGGUAUCGAUGCCGUCAAGACUGCUCUGCGCACCGCUGAGGCCAACAACACCGAGGAGACCCAGGUCAAGGUCAAGCUGGUUUCUCCCCCCCUCUACGUCCUGACCAGCACAUGCUUGGACAAGGCCGUUGGUAUCACACGCCUGGAGGAGGCCAUCGUCGACAUCCGAAAGAGCAUCGAGGGAUCUGGCGGUAACCUGGUGGUCAAGAUGGAGCCCAAGGCUGUCACCGAGAGCGAUGAUGCCGAGCUCCAAGCACUGAUGGAGAAGCGCGAGCGUGAGAAUGCUGAGGUCAGCGGAGACGAGAGCAUGAGCGACAGCGACGACAACAUCCCUGAGACCAUUUAGGUCAUGGCCAGACGAAGCCUCUCCGGGGCGGGCUGAGCCGGCAGGACAGCCAAGGCCGCCCCAGGGUGAACCCCACGACGGGGUCGUCGGACGAGGGGAAAACGGUGUAAUUAGAGGCGGCCUGGGAAGCUGAAAGAAAGCAUGUGCCUGGGCUGCAGAAGCAUCACAAAAAGUUCCGACUUUCAUGUAGUUAUUCCGAGAGGGGUGGGAAGUAGGCGUCUGAAACGGCGUUGUCAACGAGCAGUUCAAUGGUAGCCAAGGCCCCGGGGUGACAUGGUUAGCUAGGAUUGCCAACAGUGAAAGUGCUUGGUUUAUAGUUGAAAAUGAAAGACAUGACCCCGU